UUUGAUAUUUUUUUAUCGAUUCGAGAUUUAAUUUUAUUAAAACUUACUAAAUUUUAGUUUAUUUUCUUUACAUUUAUUCCAGAAUUGCACACGAUCAUGCGCGCGUGGCUUUUUGUCCUCGCGGUGCUGGCGACAUUCAACAGAGUUCAACAAGUCGCUAGCACCGAGGAAGUCAAGUCUUCUUCAUCAGUAUCAUCAUCAUCUUCAUCAUCAUCAUCGUCAUCUCUGUUAGAUUCCUCAUCUUUAGACAGUAAUAAUAUAGAGUUAAGUGAUAGCAUAGAGAGAGAUAGUAACAGAGGUAAUAAGCCUGAUCCUCAAACACUAGUCCAAAUUGAGAAAAACCUUCUGUCGCUGUUUGGCUUCGAGAAGCGUCCGAAAGUCGAUAGAUCGAAAAUUGUGAUCCCAGAAGCUAUGAAAAAGUUAUACGCUCAAAUAAUGGGCCAUGAAUUAGAUUCACUAGAUGUACCAAAGGCAGAUUUGCAUGACAAGGACGCCAACACUAUUAGAAGUUACUCACAUGAAGAGAGCAACAUAGACAAUCGUUUCAAAUAUCACAACAGAUUUCGUCUAUUCUUCAACAUUUCAAAUAUACCAGAAAAAGAGCGUCUAAGGGACACCGAAAUCACAUUUAAUCGUAAUCAAAUUAAAAAUGUCAAUAAUGUUAGACAUCAAAUCGAUGUCUACGAUAUUGUGCGACCCGGACGGAAGCACAAGAAACGUAAGCCAAUCUUUCUUUUGGCCGACACAAAAACAGUCAAUGUUAAUGAAACAGGAUCGAUAAGUCUCAACGUGAUGUCAGCUGUCAAGCGAUGGCUGCGUGAGCCAAAACGAAAUCAUGGCUUAUUAGUUCAUAUAUCAGCAUUAGAUGAUAGUAAUUCAGUUAACAUCGAUGACUCCUUCAAUGUGCCAUCACAUCAACAUAUAAGACUAAGAAGAAGCAUAGAUGAAAGUCCUGAGAGUUGGGCACAAGCACAGCCACUUCUCUUCACUUACACCGAUGAUGGACGCUAUAAGCAACGUUCAAUAAGAGAUGCAAAUCGUUCAAGGCGAGCGCCUGGUGGUCGAAGAGGUCAUCGCAGAAAGGACAAUCGAGAGAUUUGUCAGCGAAGACCGUUGUAUGUAGACUUUAGUGAUGUAGGUUGGAAUGAUUGGAUUGUAGCGCCACCAGGCUACGAAGCAUUCUAUUGUCAUGGUGAAUGCAAUUUUCCAAUUGCUGAUCAUCUCAACACAACAAAUCAUGCAAUCGUGCAAACUUUAGUUCAUUCAAUAAGUCCUAGUUUAGCGCCCAAAGCAUGUUGCGUUCCCACGCAAUUGUCAUCGAUAUCAAUGCUUUAUUUGGAUGAUCAAAAUAAAGUUGUACUGAAAAACUAUCAAGAUAUGACAGUCGUCGGUUGUGGUUGCCGAUAAUUUUAAUUAAAUUCCUCGACACUUAACUAAAACCAGUUGACCGGCUUUACGUCUUAAAUUUGCAAAACGCCAAUGCAGCAUAAACAAAAAAGAAAUAAAAUUCUCCGUACUAUAGUGUGGAUUAAGAAAAUUAAAAAAAAAAAGAUUAAUGUGACAAAUGAAAAAGAGAAAAAAUUGAUGUUGCUCAAUUGAACAAAUCAUGUGCCUUAACUAAACAGUUAUUUGUGAAAUACUCAGAACUUAUAUUUUUCAACUUACUUUGAGGAUCCAAUUUUGAAUGAAAGAAAGCACAACAUAUGCAUUAAAGGAAAAUUGUGUAAUAUAUGUUAGUUAUGCUUGCAAUUGUGGACGAUACAAAAACAAUUUUUUAUAAGAAUUUAAAUAUUGUGAAUAUAAUUGUUAACGGUAAUCUGUAAAUAAAUAAGCAAAGUAAAUUUACUUUUGAAACUGAGAAUCUCUUGGAGAUUUUAUCUUUUAUAGAUCUUAACAAUUUCUUAUGUAGAUAUUUACUUUUAUUCAAAAAGGUAUCAGAAAACAAUGAAUGUAUAUACUACACCAGUGUUGUAAACAAAAAAAAAGGAUUUUCUACUGGGAAAAUAUUCAGAAAGUUUACAUCACAAAACUUUAUUGAGGAAUUUCUUCAACUUUUACAUGUAAAUCUACAUAAAAUCAGUUUAGAAUAUUUCCCAGUCUAAAGAAAAUUGACGUAAAAAUUUAUUUCAGAUCAAAAAACAUAAAAUUAUGCUCUAGAAAGUUUAUAAAAUUGUCUUUGAAAGUUGUGAUUUGAAGAUGGAAUUUUACGAGUUGUUUCAAUAUCGAGAUGAAAUAUAAUCGACAAUAAAUAAAAAUCUUAUAAAAUUAUGAGAGUUAAAACAUGGUACAAUCAAAGAUAUUGCCUUAAUUAAAGUUGCUUUUCUGUAUAAAGUAAACUCAGAAUAUUUUUUUUUGUAAAUUCUUCUGUACCUGUGUAAGGAAAAAACAAAAUAAAAGAAAAAAUGAUAAACGAGAAGCAUUCAGUGUAUUUAUUGAAGUGAAAAGGAAUCAAAAACAAAUUCAAACUAUCCAUUAAGAUUCAUGAACAAUUAAAAACAAUAAAAAAUGGUUCUGACGAUAAGAUUAAUUCGAUUUUCUUCUCAAUUAUUAUUGUUUCAUUUUACAGGAAUGUGUUGACGA